AUGUCAACUUCGUUCAUGAAUGAUCCUACCCAAGAUAUUAAAGCUACAAUUCAGAAGGACCUUAUUGAAAACACCGAAGAGAACACAGAAGCUGUCAUGGGAAUCUUACAGGAUUUUUUAACCCAUAAGAUUAGCGCCGACGAUUUUAAUGCUUCGAUUUCACGCUACCUCAAACCAAACAAUACUCUUGAGAAAAUAAACGAUUUAGGCAAUAAUUUGCCCAACGCAAAACGAAAUUCAAGGUCUAAAUCUCGUCAGUGGACAACCGAAGAAGAUGAGCGCCUUAAACAAGGCGUUCAAGAGCAUGGACCCAACGACUGGGGUACAGUUGCCGAAUUAGUUGGCAACGGAAGAACGAGAGCUCAAUGCAGUCAAAGAUGGAAUCGCGUUCUCAAUCCUGCUAUUAGCAAGGCCAACUGGACUGCCGAGGAAGAAGAGAAACUUCUCAAGGCUGUCCAGAUUAUUGGUCCAAAAUCCUGGACAAGAGUUGCUCAGCAGCUUGGAGACCGUUCAGACGUACAAUGCAGAUUCAAAUAUUUCCAUAUCAAAAAGAAAUUAGAAGAGCAAGGAAACAACGAUGUUUACAUGCAGCAAGCAAUAGAUAUGUCGCAGAACGAAAAGUUACUUCUAUCCCUGCCAAAUGAAUCCCUCGGUCAGUAA